AAUUUGAAGUUUAUCAAAUUGUUCUAAAGUACAUGUUGUUGCUAACUUAAUUUUGAGUUCAAGUUAUCCUUUUUUUAAUUUUACAUACUUGGACCUUAAUUUACAUAAAGACCUAGACAUCAGUUUAAUACCUUGAUAAAGUUGGUUGAGAGGUAGAAGGCGUACCUCACUUACUGUUUCAAACUCGUAAUUUGAGCCUCCCCCUUCAUCGAUGCUCUUUUCUUUGUGACUUGUCAUUAAUGCUAGUCCGGCAUACUCCCUGAUCUCGAACUUUUUGAUGAUGACUCGUCCCACAUUGCUUUGAGGUUCCUCUGUUUGGUCUUUCUUGACCCUUUGUCCUUCUCUUUUUCUUUUAAACAGGGACAAUUGUCUUUGAUAUGUCCUUUUUAUUGCAGUUGUAGCAUCUCACUUUCCUUUUUCCCUAAAGAAACUUCUCUUAUUAAAUCUAUUAGUUUUAAAAAACUUAUUUAGCUUUCUUACCAUAAAUGCUUCUUCGUUUUCGUUGCUCGAGGAAUCUGACUCCGGUUCAUACUUCUUGUUGGCUUUCAGCGCUAGGUUCUAAUUUGACUCCCUUUCUUUGUUUAAACCUACACAUCUUGACUCGAGUAAUUCAAAAGUUGAAAACAAUUCUUCUAAAGUACUUACCUCCAGGUCUUUUGAGAUAUAGUAGGCAUCUACUAUUGAUGUCUACUCUUGGGUUCUUGGAAAGACGUUGAGUGUAUAUUGGAUUAAGUUCUGAUUCAUUACCGUUUCUCCAAGGUUGGUGAGUCUAGUGAUUAGCUCCUUGAUCUUUGGGUGCAGUUGAACCACCGCUUCUUUUUCCAUUCAGAGGUUUGUUAUCUAAUUUCGAAGGAUGUCCCGUCUUGCUAGCUUGGCUUCCAAAGUUCCUUCGUGAAGUUUUAGGAACUUCUCCUAGAGUUCCUUGGCCGAGUUAUAGGUAUCGAUCCGGUUGACUUCUUGGGGUGGUAGUAUGCUUAGCAGAUGGAACUUUGUUUUGUCGUUGGCCACAAAGUCAACUUGCUCCUUUUUGCUCCAGAGAUAUUUUUCCUUUUCUUCUUCGUGUUGGUCUUUGGGAGCUACAAUAUCAUAUUUGAUUGUAAGAAGAAUGUCAAAGUCAGUCUUGAAAAAUACCUCCAUACAGUGCUUCCAAAGCGCAAACUCCCCCUCGAACUUCGAUGGAUGAUGCUUGAUCCGACCAUCAUCUUGUUACUUUAGUCGACGAUUAAUCCUUCUAAAGCGGUUGGGCUCUAAUACCACUUGUUGGACUGUCGUGGAUAGGCUAGAGGGGAGUGAAUAGCCUGCGAUAAAAAGUUAACACUUCUCUUGCUAUCGAACCUAGCAAGGAUACACACUUAAUUUAUUAAAAUAAUAAAACAUAAACAAAGUAAGAGAUACAACGAAUUUACUGAGUUUGCAACCGGGUAGGUUGCUAAUCCAUGGUAGUGGAAACUCAACUAGACAGGUCUCCUUCGUUGAAGGCAAAGUAGUCUCUUACAGACUUUGAAAGCUCAUAAACUAAAGAACGAAUGUAGAAAUGAAGUACAAAGUGUGCUAUGGACUAAGGGGACAAUCCCUCUAUUUAUAACCCACUUGUUAAAAGUGGUCGUUUGCUGAUGUGGUAGCUCGAGGCAAGGCACCUCUAAGUGGAUAAGGAUUUAUCCACUCCAACAUUCACUUUUUUGAUCGGGCAGAUUGGAGGCGCCUCGAGUAAUCCAUGGCACGACUUCUCUUCCCUUGGAUGCAUCGCGCGCGUCCUUCUCGCUCCAUCGGUGUACUAUUGCACAACUCCUCAUCUCUUGAAUGCACCGAACCCGUCGACUCACUUUCCGUGCCAUCCUUCUUGCUUGCUACGUCUUCUGUUCGACUUCUUGUGUUCCUAAGUCCCUGCAUACUUAGACACAAGGCAUCAAAUCCGCAAAACCUAACUUAACUCGGUUGAGCACAUCAAAAUUAAUCCGGGGUACUUAUAGCUUAUACUCACGAACAGAGUAUCUAACAUUGGUAUGGAUCCAACUGUUUGACAUGGCUACGUUCAAAAAUUUUUAUGUUAUCAAUAUAGAUGUCCUGAAUGUGGGGUAUCCAUUCGGACUAUCAAUUUUGGACAUGGCUAUGGAGGGGAUUGAUAAAGAAUCCAAGUAUCAAAAGUUUUGAGAAUGGUAUACUAAAGUGGGUUAUGCUGGCAAUGUUGAGCCAUCCUUUUCCCUCCCUACUGUUGUAGCUGUCAAUGAGUCUUUCUUGAAUCAGUCAAACGGUGGCAACAUAGGAAAUUAUUUAGCACAGUAUAACACUGGAAUAAUGGCUGAUCUUGACUAUUUCAUUGGAGAUGAGGCUUUAUCACUGCCCUCAAGUGGAGUUUACAAUCUCAGUUAUCCUAUACAACGUAGUCAGGUUACAAACUGGGACACCAUGGAAAAAUUUUGGCAGCAAUGCAUCUACAAUUACUUAAAUUGUGAUCCUGAGGAUCACUAUUUUCUCUUGACAGAGAGCCCAAUUUGUUCUCCAGAAGAUCGCGAGUAUAUGGGAGAAAUCAUGUUUGAAACAUUCAAUGUCCCUGGACUUUAUGUAGCAGUUCAACCCAUCCUCGCACUAUCUGCUGGGUGCUCAACUGACAAACCUCAAAUGACAGGAGUCGUUGUUGACAUUGGAGAUGGAGCUACCCAUGUUGUACCUGUUGUAGAUGGCUAUAUAAUAGGGAGUAGCAUCAAAUCUUUCCCAAUUUCUGGCAAUGAUGUGACUCAAUUUGUUUUACAACUUCUACAGGAAAGAGGAGAGCUUAUUCCACCUGAAGAUUCUCUUGGAAUAGCUAGGAAGGUGAAGGAAAUGUACUGUUACACUUCAUCAGAUAUUGUCAAGGAGUACAAUAAACAUGACAAGAAGCCUGACAAGUACAUCAAGCAAUGGGUUGGCGUUAAACCAAAGACUGGUGUGCCUUUUUCAUUUGACAUUGGCUAUGAGCGCUUUCUUGGACCAGAGGUUUUCUUUCAUCCUGAAAUUUAUAUUAGUGAUUAUGAUACUCCGUUAUCUGAUGUAAUUGACAAGUGUGUCCAGUCAGCACCGAUUGACACCAGAAGGGGUUUAUAUAAGAAUGUAGUUUUAUCUGGGGGAUCAACUAUGUUUAAAGGUUUCCAAAAAAGAUUGCAGAAGGAUUUAAAGAAAAUAGUUGAUGAUCGAAUUGCAACAUCCAAUGCGCGCCUUGGUGCGGAUGUAACAUCUCAGCCGGUGGAGGUCAACGUUGUAAGCCACCCUAUCCAAAGAUCUGCAGUUUGGUUUGGAGGUUCUGUAGUCGCAUCUCUACCUGAAUUCUAUGAGUCUUGUAACACAAAAGAGGACUAUGAUGAACACGGAGCAAGUAUAUGUCGAACUAGUCCUAUCUUUAAGGGGAUGUAUUGACGUCUCAUUUUAACAUCUCUCCCUUCACAAUAGUUUGGGUUGUCUGCUCUAGUGAAGGUUGCGGAAAAGGAAAACAGAAACUAAUUUCUUGAGUUGUAUAGUAGAUUUGGUUAGAAGACCAAUAACAAUGCUAUCAUUUCAUUAAUUUUUAGAAGUAGCUAACAAUUGUAUAGCAUCCAUCUGAUGUGCGCUAGCUAUUGCAUUGCGAUGCAACCAAGCUGGAUGACUAUUUGUUUGUGACUUCCAGUGGUUGUAAAUUGAUCAUUUUAUUUAUUCAAUUUUUUUCCGGUUA